AUGGCAGUUUCUUUUUGGAACAAUUUACUUCAAAUUACAAAGAAUAGAGUGUUACAGCAAAGAAGGGUAUCCCUUUAUAACUACACCCACAGCUAUGAGGAACAUGUGAUAAAGAAAAAACUUAAGCAGUUUACUGGUGGAUCCAUCAACCUUUCUAAAGAUGGCAAUGGGAUUGGAGUCCUCACCUUGAACAACCCAAGGCUUAUGAACGCAUUCACAGGCACUAUGAUGCUUGAACUUCAGGAGAAGGUAACUGAGUUGGAAAAUUGGAAGGAGGGGAAAGGCCUUAUCAUCCAUGGUGCAGAAAAUACUUUUUGUUCUGGGUCUGAUUUGAAUAUUGUCAAGGCAGUAAGCCUGCAGGAUGGGGUGAACAUGUGUAUGUUUAUACAAAAUACCUUAACCAGACUUAUGAGGCUGCCUCUGAUUAGUGUUGCAUUAGUUCGAGGAAAAGCUGUGGGAGGAGGAGCAGAACUUACCACAGCUUGUGAUUUCAGAUUAAUGACUCCAGGAAGCGAGAUUAGAUUUGUCCACAAACUGAUGGGUUUAGUACCUGGCUGGGGUGGAGCUACCAGGCUAGUACAACUCGUUGGUAGUAGAAAUGCCCUCAAGCUGCUAAGUGGUGCUCUCAAAGUGGAUCCUGAAAGAGCGGUGCAUCUUGGGCUUGCUGAGGAGAUCUUACCAUCUUCAGAUGAAACUGGAUCUUUAGAAGAAGCCUGUACAUGGCUAAAUCAAUAUACAGAGGGUCCAGCUGAUGUGAUUCAGGCUAUGAAAAAGGUAGUCAUAGCAGGAAGAGAACUACACCUAGAAGCUGCCCUAAGGGAAGAGAAGGACAUUUUUGCAACUCUAUGGGGUGGGCCUGCCAAUGUGCAGGCCUUGGCUCAGAGAGCAAAACACAAAUGAUUAAUUUUCAAUGUAUAAGAAAAACAUGCUUGAUCUUUUGAAAACAAAGCCAUACAUUUGAACCAUUUAAUAAUUUGUUAAUUUAAGCUGAAAUUAACAUUCCUAGCUUUUCAUACCAUGGAUUUAUAUUUGAUGUGCUACCACAGAGAGAAAUCUCUAGUAGAUUGUUUGCUUUCCUACUAACAGGUUGAAUGGGGAUUAGUGAAAUUAAUGUUCAAAGAUAAAUGCUGUGCUGGGAUGGAACUGUUAUGCUCUCAGAAUGGGACUGAAGUCAUUGCUUUUCUAAUUUGUAUGGAUAUUAUUGCUAGUGAAAGGUGCUGACUUGACUACACAAGAAAUGAAGCUUAGGAUGAGUGUGGAUUGAAAGUAUGUUUCCCUCUGCAUGUGGCCAAAAGAUCUCAAACUAGUUCUGGUGAGAUCCUCACUACGGUGAGAGGUUAGUUUAUUUUUUAUCUUCAAUUAGAUUUUGGUGCUGCAGCUGAAAAUUUAAGCAAGGAUACAUAUUAAGGUAAUAUUUUUUUGUGAAAAGGAUGCAAAUUCAAGAAUACUGAGCUACUAAACUAACUUAGACACAGGUCCUCAAAGAUACUUAGAUACCUAUUUAUCUGACUUUUUAGUGAUCCAGGUGCCACUGUGUAGGUACCAGAACAUCCUCAAAACUGUUGGUUAUCUGCUGUCUAGCAUCAUAGACCCCUGAAUUCCCUCAUUGGCUAAGUUUCUGCAGAUGGGCCUAUGCAAAGCUGCCCAACUUUUGGCUCCAUGCUUCAGCCGAGCUAUGGGUACUAUUAAAAUACCCAUUUCCCAGUAUGUGGUCCCCAAUCCCUAGGUAUGCCAAGAGUGCAGUGUUACAGUUUGAGUCCCAUCCCAGAACAUAAUUGUUAGAGCACUUGCUGAGCUGUGGGAGGCCUCAGUUUAAAAGCCUGCUCUGAAGCAGGGAUUUAAAUGUGUUCCACACAUAAAGGGAAUACUCUUAAACACCAGCCCAUUGGCUAUUCAGUGGUGGAGGGCAUUUUUUCUCUCUCCCAGCUGUUUCACUUUGUGUAAAAAAAUAUUAAUCAACUUCUAGACCAGUAGCUGGGGGAGAUUCAUAUCCCUGCUCUGAAGACUAUUUAAUCCUUUGUUCAAAAAACACCAUCACAACAAGGAUGCAGAUACAGAACCAUCCCAGAACUUCCAGCUUUGUGACUUGAGCACUUGUCUGUGAUGUGGGUUCACAUGCUGGCUUUACUGGGGUAGGAUAGGGACUUGACCCUAGGUUUUCUGUAUUUCCACUGAAUACUCUAGCUAGUAGUCUGAUGGA